AGUCGCUUAGUGGAACGCACUGAUCAUAAUAGACGGUAUAGUUUCUACAUGUUAUAAAUGGGUGAUGAGAAGGCAGACGAUAUUUCUCAUACGGAAACAUCAAACUCUGAAAAUGUUCAGGAAAAUGAACAAAAAGAUAACAGUGAAAGUGGAAAGACGGAUAAAGUUAAAGUUGACAUAUUGUUAAAAGCGACUGGUAAUGCUCCUAUUAUGAAGAAAAAGAAAUGGACAGUGGACGCGGAAAAACCUAUUGGUUGGAUUAUAGAGUUUGUUAAGAAAUAUUUAAAACUUGAACCUGAGGAAAAAUUGUUUCUUUAUGUGAAUCAGACUUUUGCACCAUCACCUGAUCAAGUAAUAAGAAACCUGUAUGAAUGUUUCGGUACCGACGGUAAGUUAGUACUGCACUAUUGUAAGAGCCAAGCAUGGGGCUGAGAAUAUAAAUGUAUUUCUUGGUACUGAUGAAGCUUUAAAUUACGCAUUUAAUUUAAAAAGCAUUAUAGGUAAAUUUCAUUUAAUAAAAACAGUAAUUUGGUACUUUCUACAACUUGUAUUGAUCAAAUCUCUAUAUCUUGAAGUGUUAUGACACAUUAUGUUACUUAUAAUAAGGAAUAAGUAGUUAAAGAACUAUUACCAUGACUUCAAGUAAAAUAUUAUGAGACAAUGGAAUAGAAUUAGGUUAUAGUUAUUCCUGCAUAUACAAUGAGCUAAUGGCCGUAUUCAAUCACCUAUCUUUGGUUUUGCCUGCUAUCGUUAGAUUUUUGACACAAUUUGUAAAGAGCUUAUGUAAGAUUUCUAUCUUUAGCAAGCUAAUUCAGAGAUAAAGAGAAUAUUGAUUAUUAUCUACAGUUAAUGUGUAAAAUCUCGGUGUUUGACUUGUGUUUGUAAGUAAAAUUUGUAAUCAAGAUAAGAAUGGUAAAAUAAAUAUUUUAUUAAAUAGAAGCAUAGACAA